CUACAUAUUCUUGCGGAUGCGGUUAAAGUAGUCGAGCGCUCGAGACCAUGCCGGCAGAAACCCUCGUCCGACGGAGGAUCACGAUGAAGAAAAUCAUGAACGCCGUGUCAAGGAAGUUCGCGAGGAAGAAAACGGCGGAUGGCAUAUCCAAGAAGUGGAAGAUCCUGAGCGGCGAGAACAGUUGGGAGGACCUGUUGGACCCUCUCGACAUCGAUCUCCGUCGGUAUGUCGUGCACUAUGGAGAGAUGGCGCAGGCCACUUACGACACCUUCACGGCGGAGAAGGAGUCGAAGUUCGCGGGGAGCUGCCGGUAUGCGAGGCGGGACUUCUUCUCCAAGGUGGGCCUGGAGCUGGGGAAUCCAUUCAAGUACAGCGUGACCAAGUUCUUGUACGCGACGUCGCAAAUCCAAGUCCCGGACGCGUUCCUAGUGAGAUCGCUGUCGAGGGAGGCGUGGAGCAAGGAAUCGAACUGGAUUGGGUACGUGGCGGUGGCGACGGACGAGGGGAAGGCCGUGCUCGGGAGGAGGGACAUUGUGAUUGCCUGGCGAGGGACGCUCCAGACGUUGGAGUGGGUGGACGAUUUCGAGUUUGAUUUGGUCUCGGCCUCGAAGAUCCUGGGGGAGGCGGGCGAUCCUAGGGUGCAUCAGCGUUGGUACUCGAUAUACACGUCCGACGACUCGCGCUCGCCGUUCAAUAAGACUAGUGCCAGAGAUCAGGUUCUGCAGGAAGUGAAAAGACUAGUGGAAUUGUUCAAGAAUGAGGAGAUCAGCAUCACUGUGACCGGCCACAGCUUGGGUGCGGCAAUCGCGACGCUGAAUGCGAUCGACAUCGUCGCCAAUGGACUGAACCGGCCUAAAGAUCAAAGAAGCAGGCCUUGUCCUGUCACGGCCAUAGUCUUUGCCAGCCCCAAAGUCGGCGACUCCAACUUCCAAAAGGCGUUCUCCAAGUACCGGGACCUCCGAACCUUACGCGUCCGCAACGCCUUCGAUUUCGUCCCCAGCUAUCCAAUCGUGGGCUAUUCGGAAGUCGGGGUGGACCUGGGCAUUGACACUCGAGAAUCCCAGUACUUGAAGAGCCCCGGGAACGCGACAAGUUGGCACAACUUGGAGUGCUACUUGCACGGGGUCGCAGGGACGGAGGGGUUGAAAGGCAGGUUCAAGCUAGAGAUCGACCACGACAUCUCCCUCGUGCACAAGAGAAUCGAUGCUUUGAAGGAUGAGUACCUCGUGCCGGUCUCAUGGCGGUGCGAGAAGAACAAGGGCAUGGUUCAGCAGGAAGACGGGUCCUGGAAGUUGAUGGACCAUGAAGAGGAUGGCGAGGUUACGUCAAUGUUAAAAAGGUCAAUAGAGGCACAACAUACGCUUGUGCUCCCACUCCUAGUCUUUUCCAGGAAAAGCAAAGACAAAAAAGCACGAAAAAAUGGGAUUUCACGCGAGCGCUUCAAAGGCCGUCGCUGUCGUUAAGAAAGUUCGAACGAUUGUCGAGCCGCCUGUGCCUUUAUGCAUAACAUUACGGGUUAGAGUUUU